AUGACGAUGCCGAUAGAGCUGGACCCUCUGCGGGCGGCGCUGUCUGAUCCCUCGGAGACACAGCACAUCACAGGAGACAAUCAAGGAGGUUGGCUAAACAACGAGCUGCUGCGACAGGAGAUCCACGCGAUCGAGGCCGUGGUCGGGUCCAUGUCGUCGUCUUCGAUCGACACGCCGACGACGACGACACUGGGCGGCCAUAGAACGCUGGCUGACGUGCCGUUUAUGGUGCUGCAUCUGGAGGUGGACGACAUAACGGGCUACGCGAUCCAGGACGCCGGCUACUCGGCGCGAGACUGGCGCGGCCGCAACGGACUGCUGGGCGAAUACUUUACAAACCAUACAAGGGCGCCGGCGUGGCGGCACGAAAGCCACGCGGCCAGCUUCCAGGAGGACUUUCCCUUCUCGGUCGACAACUUUGACUGCCACAAGAUCGCAGCCGACCUGGAGGACGACUACGGCAUGUCCAACAAGAAGAGCGUGCGACACUGGGCCAUGUGGGCGGGCGAGAUGGAGCGGACCGUCGGGGUGACGGACGGCGAGGUCAAGGAGCUCUUCAGCAUGCGCAUCAACAGUGUUUCGGACAUGCACGACUUCCUCGACUGCAUCCGCCGGGGCCUGCGGGCCUCAAACCCGGCAGCAGCAGAAACUGCAGAAGCAGCAGCAGCAGGACAGGCUCAGGCUCAGGCUCCACGCGAGCGAGCCGUCUUCUUCCUCGUGGCCAUCUCGUACGGCCGCCUGCUGGAGGACAUGCGCAGCCACACGCACGGCUUCGAAUCAAGCCUGACGCUGUCGUACCAGCCACCCCCAUCAGUCAGUUCGGGCAGGUCGUACGCGCUGUCAUUCACGGAGCGCAGACAAGGUGCCGAGGGCGACGACGACGACGAGCACCACAACGGCUCCGAUGGACGACCCGGCAGGACCGGGUGCAAAUGCGGCCGAUGCACGGGAAACGCGUGGUAUCUUGUGGACAAGGAGUCGCCCAAGUGGCCGUUUCUGCAGUCGUCUGAUUCGGAGCCGUCGGAGUCCAACAUCAGCCCCUAUCCGCUGUCAGAGAUGUCGGAGCUCCCGAGGCCGGCCGUCGUCGAGGGCGAAGCGACGCCAGAAGACGAGUUUCCGGCCGAGGAGGAGUCACAGCCGACAGCACCGGCGUCAAUCCUAGAGACGCUUGACACCAACGCAGCACGGGGCGACGCGAUGGAGGGCGACCUGCACGCGCUGAUUCCGGAGGCACAGUCGCCAACAGAGGCGGAGUGGCAGCGCUGCUGCUCGCUGCUCUGCCUGGAUGCCAACGACCACAAAGACGCGCGUAUACGGUCGAUCAAGGUGCCGGGCACAGACAACAUGUGGGUGAAGCCGAGCCAACUGUGGACGGCGUACUGGAUGCUGUCAAGCCGGAUGGAGCGCGAUCUUGCUGGCGGCGUGCUGGCCGACGUGAUGGGAACGGGCAAGACGUACAUCUGCCUGCUGGUUUGUCUGCUGCGGGCCUUCAUCGGAUACAACCGGGCCGAGGUGGAGCGGGAAUGGCAGAUGCGCGAGCACGAGGACAAGAAGGCGGCAGGCAGCACAGCAGCUCCCAAGCAGCAUCUUGCACGCAGCGCAACUGGCGAUGACAACAGCAGCGAGGCCUGUCCUUGCGGAAACGCCCUGGGAAUCGAGUGCUAUGCCAACCCAGGCGGCGUGACGAGGCGGCUGGCCGACGAUCUCAGCCGAGGAGCAUCGCUCGUCCUGGUACCACCGACCGUGUUGGACAACUGGGUCAAGACGAUCAAGCACAUCCGGCUGCAGCACAAGUAUUUUGAGCCGGUGGUGUUCUACGGAAAGAUGACUAAGGAGGACACGGCGAUGGCGCCAGCGCCACGACUGCGACAGAAGCUGCAGAUGGACGUGCGUCCAGCCAGAGGAAAGGGGGCCGACGGGCACUUUCCAGCCAGCUGGGAGCCCACAGUGACGGACGUGGCCUACAGCUUCACGCCCAGCACGGCCAAGGACGCGUAUCCGGAGCGGUUCAUCCUGCUGGCCUCUCACCUGCCGGACCGACUGAUAGACUUCUUCCAGAUUGCCGUUCCGGCGAGGCGCAAGGCCGGGUCGCGCGAGCGUAAGACGGUGUACGGCUGUCCGAUCGGGAUCCAGUUUGUCGACGAGUUCCACAAGGCACGGGAGGGAGCGGUGGCGCUGGGACGGCAGCACAAGCACAUGCAAGGCGGAAGCAGCGGCGGAAACUUUAACUUCUGGGCCAUCACAGGGACGCCGCUGCCGGCACGACUGACCGACCUGGAGACGGUGACCGACAUGGUGCAACAACUUCCGGAGUGGGACAAUGCCGACCACCGGCACCACGGCGGCCGAGUUGUCGAUCUGCAGGCACUUCAGGCAGCCUAUGAGAGUGCAGUGGCCGAGACCGGGACGACAGAGCAGGCAGCCGAAGUGCGGGUGCGGGCGACACGCUUCUUUGCUGGCGGACUGGUGAUGCGGCACACGGAGGCGUCGACGUUUUUCGGGCGGCGCAUCUUUCAGCUGCAGAACGUGACAGCCAGAGUGGUGGUGCACAAGACGCCGGCAGCACUGCGAACAGACGUCGGCCAGGUGGCAGCACGGGUGGCGGCAGGGGUGCGCGAGACGAUGGUGACGGCAAGAGCGGGAGCCGAGGAGUCGACAGCCAACUGGGCGCAGGUGGUGCGGUCAAGCUCGCUGUUCAACCAGCUGAUGAACCUGGAGAUCCUGGCGACGUUUCCAGGAGCGGCCUCGUUGAUGCUGGCAGAUCCUCCGGCGAUGGACUUUGGGCUGGCAGCGAUCCGGACUGAGCUGCGCAAGACGGAGACGCGCGAUCCAACCAGCGUGGCGCUUUUUCAGAAGCACCUGGACACGAUCAUUGCCGGAAGCCCACAUCUGGAAACGAUCCUGGCGACGCUGGACGAGAUGGACGCCGACACGCAGCGGCGCCGGGUGCCGAAGAGCGAAGCCCGAGGCCGAGGACGAGGCACCGCUGCAGAUGACAAAACGACGACGGGAACAGGCAGUUCGGAGCCGGGAUCUGGAUCCGGUUCAGGAUCAGCACUGCCGCCCAAGAAACAAGAUCUCGGGGCGAAGAAGCUGGUGGUGUUGUGUCCGCGCAUGGGCGAGGCCGUGUUUGUGUACAUGGCGCUGCGCAAGCUGCGGCCCGACACGCCAACCGUCUUUCUGCAUGCGGACAUGCGGAUGGCCGAACGCACGGCACUGCUGCAGAGCUUCAAUCGGCUCGACUGCCACACGACAACCCAGAAGCUGAUGGCUGGUGUGCCACGCGUGCUCGUCGGCACGUUUCGCGAUGCCGGCACGGGCAACGACCUUACCGUGGCCAGCUACCAGCUGCUGACCGGGCCGCUGCGUCUGCACAGCCAGCAGGAUCAGGCCUUUGGUCGGACCAACCGCGAGGGCCAGACGCUGCAGCUGCGCCAUCGGCUGCUCGUCUGCGAGGAUAGCCCGGUGGACCGGAUCGUGAUGGCAACGCAGGCAGGGCGGCGGAUUGUCAGCGAUCCGUUUGAAUUGGAGGAGGAGCUGGUGUUGGAAGCUGAGAAACGCGUUGUCGGCGGUGGCAGCUCUUCUCGGCUGCACGCCCGCGCUUCUUCGUCCAAAAACCUGCACAAACCGUCGCAGCAUCACCACCUCCACCACAGCCACAGCCACCUGCACCACGUCGCCUCGACCUCCUCAACCAAGAUUGCCCAGCAGCAACAACAACAGCAGCAACAACAACAGCAGCAACAGCAGCAACAGCAGCAACAGCAGCAACAGCAGCAACAGCAGCAGCAGCAGCCACCGCACCGUCGGCAGCUCUCCUUCUCUCCUACACAAGAUCUCGCAGCCCAGAUACCCUCAAUCGUCGCAGCUCCCCCAACCGACGCCACGGCUACCUCUUCGUCCGCCCAUCCGCCCGUCGCCCAUCGCCGGACCACGUCCUCGUCCUCGGCCAAGCUGCAGCGGAACAACCCGAACUCGUCUUCCACGUCCUCGCUGCUGCACAAAAAUGCUUCCGUGUCGGCCCUGAAGCGCAACCGGUCGCACGCAGACGUCGUCAAACGCGCCAUUCACGGCAGCCGCCCGACGCCGAAACGGACGCUAUCGCAUCCCGCUGGCACCGACAAGUCGCGCGCAUCCGCCGCCGCUGCUGCCGCAGCUAACAAGAAGAACGCCCAGAUCCGGUUCGAGAUUGGCACGCCUGAGGCCCAGGACGACGAGUGGGUUGACGCCGGCUCGUCCACUGCCAUCGACCAUCCGCUGCAGCAACACCAGCAGCACGACGAGACUGGUAGCGAGACUGAGGUGCACGACUCGGAGCCGGAGCCGGAGCUAGAGUCUGCCAUCGGGCUGCUGCAGGACGUCCACGUGUCGUCUCCUCCGGUCAUCGGCCACGAACACGAGACCCCGCUGCAGCCACCACAGACGCUGCAAACGCUGCAACCGCUGCAAACGCCGCAGCUGUUGCACAAGACGUCAUCGUCGUCGGCCUCUCUGGCCUCCCACCUGCCCCCCAACUCGUCCACCACUCGACUGCUGCUCCCGCGAACACUGCCCCGAGGCGCUCCGCCCAAGAUGUCUGCAGAGACAGCCGCCGCCACAGGACUCUCGCACUCGCCCUCAUCCGACUCCAACAGCGACCAGCACUCACAAGUCCGCCCGCUGCCACGACAGCAACCCAGGCAGGGUCAGCAGCAGCAACAGCUGCUUCCUCCAGGCAGCCUCCCCAACGGUAGCAGCAGUGAUAGGGAACCUAUGACGUCCCGCUUCAUCACCACCGGCAGCCAUGAGUCGUCUUCGGCCACGCCCGCCAACGGGUCUUUCUAUGCGAGUUCGUCCUCACGGCCUGGCACCGGCCGGCGCAUCGACGACCCCGAUCUUGUCGGCUCGGCCAUGACGUCAGCCUCGGGCAUCGUCUCGUACCACCACCACCGGCCGCGGUCCAUUGGCGGUGAAACGGUCACGAACACGGACGACGAGGAGUCAGGCCCUAUCGGCACCAACGGUGCCGGUAGCAACGGGGGCACAAACCCCCGCCGCACCCGCAUGCAACCAGCCCCCCCGGCCGAGCUCAGCCGCACCCAGCAGAAGCUCAACCUGGAGCGCGCCAGCUCCAGUCUGGACCGCAACAGCCGCCAGCAUCAAGGCCCGGCGGCUGGCCCGCUGUUGGGUGCCGGCGGCUUCGGUGUGCACGACCCGCGCAUCGGCAAGCUGAUGGAAAAGACGGGCAUGGAGUACUAUGUCGUACGGCGCUACCAGAACCCGGUCACCCGCAGUCUCGACCGCCUGGCCAACCGCCUUGGCAACGACAAGAACUGGCGCAUCCCGGCAGCAGCAGCAAACGGCACCAUGUCUGCCGCAGCAGUGGCUGCCGCAGCAGGUGGCGGUGGCGGUGGUGGUGGUGGAAGCCGUCCGACUUCAGGAAACGCGACAGCAGGUCUGAACCAGAGCUUCCGCGAGCGCGAUAUCCGCCGCGACAUCCUCAACGCCUCGGUGACGACCCACGCCCCACCAACGCCCGGACUGUCACGGGCAGCCACUGCAGAGGCUUCUGGUAGCGGCUCUGGUUACGGCCAGCUCCCGCAGCACCUCAGCGACUCGAGCAUCGUCGACGACCGGGACGACGAGGUCACGACCCUGCUGCGGAGCAUGUGGGACAAGAACCUGUAUCUCGGCACCAGUCAGGACUAG